AUGGCCCUCUACCCACAGAUUUUACCUGCCUUAGAGAUCAAGUGUGGCCCGCAAAACUUCGCAUGCUCAGGCACCGGACUCAUCAAGAAAGUGUAUAGUUGUUUCUAUUCUAAUAUCCAGGCCUUCUUUCCCCUGAUAGAACCGAAAAGGACAAAAGCUGGUAAGAUUGCAGUUCGUCAACCACAUGUCCUACGGAGAGCGAGGGAGUGGUGGAAAGCACGAUGUGCGUUUCGAGGUCUCAGUCAGGCAGGAACUAUUGCAAAUAUGCAAGACCGGCUUAGAGGUAGUGCUACUGGUACUCUGAUGACCGCUGAGCUGCAAGAAGUUCAGUCGCGACUGAACUCCGAAUAUCUAACGCCAAAUGCUGCAGCUCAAGAUGCGAAAUGGCUAGCUCUGAAGCGCAAUGAAGCGCGAGCAGUGAUGGAUCUAAGAUGA